GCCACGGCCGAGGGCGGGGCAGGGAGGCAGCAUGCUAAACCGGGUGCGCUCUGCCGUGGCGCACCUGGUAAGCUCCGGGGGCGCUCCGCCUACGCGCCCCAAAUCUCCGGACCAGCCCAACGCAACCUCAGCGCCGCCCGCCGCUGCUCCAGAAGCACCUAGGAGCCCGCCAGCGAAGCCCGGGAGCGGGAGCGGGGCUUCUGCGAGGGCUGCAGAGGCUCGAGCGAGCUUCUCCAGACCGACCUUUCUGCAGCUGAGCCCCAGGGGGCUGCGCCGCGCAGACGACCACGCGGGACGGGCUGUGCAAAGUCCCCCGGACACGGGCCGCCGCCUGCCCUGGAGCACAGGCUAUGCCGAGGUCAUCAAUGCUGGCAAGAGUCGGCACAAUGAGGACCAGGCUUGCUGUGAAGUGGUGUAUGUGGAAGGCCGGAGGAGUGUAACAGGGGUACCUAGGGACCUCAGCAGAGACCAGGGACUCUGCUUCUACUACUGGGGCCUGUUUGAUGGGCAUGCAGGGGGUGGAGCUGCUGAAAUGGCCUCAAGGCUCCUGCAUCGCCAUAUCCGGGCGCAGCUAAAGGACCUGGUGGAGAUUCUUCAGGACCCCUCGCCCCCACCUCUCUGCUUUCCAUCCACCCCAAGUACCCCAGAUUCCUUCGAUACUUCUCACCUGGUUGCUCCUCAGUCCUGCUGGUCUUCACAGAAGGAAGUGACCAAUGAGAGCCUGGUAGUGGGGGCCAUUGAGAAUGCCUUUCAGCUGAUGGAUGAGCAGAUGGCCCGGGAACGGCGUGGCCACCAUUUGGAGGGGGGCUGCUGCGCACUGGUUGUGGUCUACCUGCUAGGCAAGAUGUAUGUGGCCAAUGCAGGCGACAGCAGGGCUAUCAUUGUCCGGAAUGGUGAAAUCAUUCCAAUGUCCCGGGAGUUUACCCCAGAGACUGAGCGCCAGCGUCUUCAGCUGCUUGGCUUCUUGAAACCAGAGUUGCUGGGUGGUGAAUUCACCCACCUUGAGUUUCCCCGCAGAGUUCAGCCCAAGGAGCUGGGGCAGAGGAUGCUGUACCGGGACCAGAACAUGACUGGCUGGGCCUACAAAAAGAUCGAGCUGGAGGAUCUCAGGUUUCCUCUGGUCUGUGGGGAGGGCAAAAAGGCUCGGGUGAUGGCCACCAUUGGGGUGACCCGGGGCUUGGGAGACCACAACCUUAAGGUGUGCAGUUCUAACCUACCCAUCAAGCCCUUCCUCUCCUGCUUCCCUGAGGUACGCAUAUAUGACCUGACACAGUACGAGCACUGCCCAGAUGAUGUGCUAGUUCUGGGAACCGAUGGCCUGUGGGAUGUCACCAGUGAUUGUGAGGUAGCCGCCACUGUGGACAGAGUGCUGUCAGCCUAUGAGCCCAAUGAUCCCAGCAGGUAUACAGCCCUGGCCCAAGCUCUGGUCCUGGGGGCCCGGGGCACCCCCCGGGAACGAGGUUGGCGUCUCCCCAACAACAAGCUGGGUUCCGGGGAUGACAUCUCAGUCUUCAUCAUCCCCCUGGGAGGGCCAGGCAGUUAUUCCUGAGGUGCUCAACCCCAUAUCUUCCAUCACCAUCCCAGCCCUCCAGACAAUAACUCAGCCCUCUCCCAACAACAAUUCUGAAGUUGUCUCCCUGACCUUUCUUCAGUGGCAAUUUAAGUGAAGAAAGGAUAUCCACACUAGAUCCAUAAUCAUAGCUACUGGCAAAUAAACCGGAUGGAUAAA